AUGAAUAGAAAGAAUAGUCUCGGCAAGUUUUAUCUUGACGAUCUGUCAGAUUGUGUUGACUGCCGUUUAGCAAGUAAGACUGAUGACGAAAGUGAUAGCAGUAGUAUAACCAUUCGAAAGCGACGUCCUGUACCGCUAAUAUACAGUGAUUCAGAAGACGAGGAUAUGAAUAAUAAUAUUGAAGACUACAAUGAUACAUGGUCAACGAACGACAAGAGUAUAAUUUUGGAACCUUUCGAAGGCAGCCCUGGCGUGAAAAUUGUGCCAAGGUCCUCCAAAAGCGUAAUGGAUAUUGUGAAUUUAUUCAUUGGAAGUGAUCUGAUUGAGCACUUCGUGAGGGAGUCUAAUAGAUAUCAUUAUCAAAUUGUGGAAAAAUAUAGAAUUGUAUCAAAAACGAAAAAAUGGAAAGACGUCACGGUGACUGAAAUGAAGAAAUUUUUGGGCCUGAUAAUUCUCAUGGGACAAGUAAAGAAGGAGGUUCUCUACGAUUAUUGGUCUACAGACCCAUCUAUAAAAACGCCGUUCUUCUCGAAGAUUAUGAGCAGGAACAGAUUUUUACAAAUAAUGCAAAGCUGGCAUUUUUGUAAUAAUAACGAUAUUUCUCCGAAUCCGCAUAGGCUGGUGAAGGUCCAGCCUGUCAUUGAUUAUUUCAAGGAAAAAUUUAACAACGUAUAUAAACCAGAUCAACAAUUGUCUCUAGAUGAAUGUGUAAUUCCGUGGAGAGGUAGAUUGUCAAUUAAAACAUAUAAUCCGACAAAAAUUACAAAAUAUGGAAUACUGGUUAGAAUGCUGUCUGAAGCUCGUACAGGAUACGUAUCCAACUUUUGUGUGUAUGCUGCUGAUGGAAAAAAAUUAGAAGAGACAGUAUUAUCGGUCAUUGGACCGUAUAAGAACAUGUGGCACCAUAUAUAUCAAGAUAAUUACUAUAAUAAUGUCAACAUAGCUAACAUUUAUUUAAAAAAUAAAUUGCGAGUGUGCGGGACGAUUCGAAAGAACAGAGGUCUUCCUCAAAUACUUCAAACGGUCAAGCUUUCAAGAGGCCAACAUCAAUUUCUUAGAAAUGGCCAUAUUUUAUUACAAGUAUGGAAUAAUGGGAAAAGGAAUGUAAACAUGAUAACGACAAUACAUUCUGCACAAAUGGCGGAAUCUGGAAACAGAGGCAGGACAUCAGAUUGCCCCAUACAGAAGCCUAUUUCUGUAAUAGAUUACAAUAAAUAUAUGAAGGGCGUAGAUCGCGCCGAUCAAUAUCUGUCCUAUUACUCCAUUUUUAGGAAAACAAAAAAAUGGACAAAACGUGUAGUAAUGUUCUUCAUCAAUUGUGCACUUUUUAACUCCUAUAAAGUAUAUACAACCCUGAACGGACAGAAAAUUACAUAUAAAAAUUUUCUGCACAAAGCGGCACUUUCCUUGAUAGAAGACUGCGAAACUGAAGAACAAGGUGAGGAUUUACCUAAUUCCGAACCCACAAGAACCACAUCCCGAUUUGAUCAUCCCGGAAGACUGGCAAAUUUCGGAAAGCAUAAACUAGUAAAUAUAGUGACCAGCGGUCAAUGUAAAAAACCCCUACGACAAUGCAGAGUUUGUGCAAGUAAAAAAAAACUAAGCAGAACAGGUUUCGCUUGUAAAUAUUGCAACGUCCCACUACACAAAGGUGACUGUUUCGAGCGCUAUCAUAGUUUAGAAAAAUAUUAA